AUGAAGUACAACAGGCAGGUAACCUCCUCCAGGAGGAAAAACAGGAAGAGGCAUUUUAGCGCACCGUCGCACAUUAGGCGAGUACUUAUGUCUGCGCCUCUCUCAAAGGAAUUAAGACAGAAAUUCAACGUAAAAUCCAUGCCUAUUCGCAAAGAUGAUGAAGUUCAGGUUGUGCGUGGUCACUACAAAGGUCAACAAGUUGGCAAAGUAGUCCAGGUGUACCGUAAAAAAUUUGUUGUGUACAUUGAAAGGAUUCAACGUGAAAAGGCCAAUGGAGCUAGUGCAUAUGUUGGCAUCCACCCUUCAAAGUGUGUAAUUGUCAAAUUAAAAAUGAACAAGGACCGUAAGGCAAUCCUCGACCGCAGAGCAAAGGGCAGACUAGCGGCCUUGGGCAAAGACAAAGGAAAAUACACAGAGGAGACUGCCACAGCCAUGGAGACCUCGUGA